AUGCAGUUCAAGUUUUCUCUCCAACCGAUCAUUAAUAUUCUCUAUAUCUUCCUUGGAAUUAUUCUCCCACCAUGCUUCUGUUGCACUGGAAGUUGCAGAGUAAUGUGUUAUAUGGAGCCUAAUUGUGUGUCCAUCAAUAUUGGACCUGUUGUAGGAGGAAACCAAAAAUGCGAGUUGAAUAACGCCACAGAGGAAAACCAUGCUCCAUUUCUUCUUGUAAAAAAUUCGGGUUAUACAUAUCUUGCAAUUGAGAAUUCAUGCAGCAGCAGCCCAUGCUUAAACAAUGCCAUCUGUCAAGCAGGGUUUACCUAUAAAGGAUUUCGUUGUGUCUGUCAGGAAAAAUUCACUGGAGAAACGUGCCAAGUUGAAGUCAAAAGAAACUGCGCAGAAAUCUACAAAUCCGCGGGUAAACCAGCUGACGGUGUCUACGCCAUUAAACCUGAUAACUUGCCUGCCUUUGAAGUAUUCUGUGACCAAACAACGGACGGUGGAGGAUGGACUGUGUUCCAGAAGAGACUGGACGGCUCGGUUGAUUUCUACCGCUACUGGAACGACUACAAACGUGGCUUUGGUGACCUGUGUGGUGAGUUUUGGCUCGGACUGGACAAAAUUCACCGCUUGACCUCAGAUAAUAAUAACAGGCUGCGUGUGGAUUUGGAAGACUUUGAAGGAAACACAGCUUAUGCUGAGUAUAACUCAUGGAGUGAACUGGUUUCAAUGGGAGGGUUAUCAUCACUCCCUCAAGAGAACCGAGAUGAAAAUAAGACCAAAGGAUUUCUGAACUAUCGUGUUUGUGGCACAACAAACAGCACCAACAAUCCAUGUAGCAGCAGCCCAUGCUUAAACAAGGGCACCUGUCAAGCUGGAUUCACCAAUAAAGGUUUUCGUUGUGUCUGUCGGGAAAGAUUCACCGGAGAAACCUGCCAAGUUGAAGUCAAGAGAAACUGCGCAGAAAUCUACGAAUCCGCAGAUAAAACUACUGACGGCGUGUACACCAUUAAACCUGAUAAUUUGCCUGCCUUUGAUGUAUUCUGUGACCAAACAGCGGAGGAUGGAGGAUGGACUGUGUUCCAGAAGAGACUGGACGGCUCGGUUGAUUUCUACCGCUACUGGAACGACUACAAAUGUGGCUUUGGUGACCUCACAAGUGAAUUUUGGAUGGGACUGGACAAGAUUCACCGCCUGACCUAA